AUGUACAGUAGAGGGUAUCCGCCACAAAGUCCGCGAUUUUCGCCAAACAGACGAGGUAGUGGGGGGAACCAUCACUACAACCCGUACAACAACAACGGCACUUCAAAUCUAACAAACUGCGGUUUUCAACAGAGACAGCAUUAUCGAACACCGAGUCCUCGUGGCUCACAGCAAUACACCUCGCCGUCACCCCAGUUUCAAAUCCCUAGGUCUCCCAUGGAAGCUAUGUUUCUUGGGCCGGCAGUACCUAGUCCUUACGGGGGAGGCGGCCACGUUCCGAGGGGUGGCUAUUCUCAGGGUGCCCCCGGCAUAAGCCCAUACUCCGCACAACGUUCUCCUCGGCAUUUCUCACCACGCCAGAAUACCUUCCCAUACUGCUCCUCUCCUCGAGGAAGAGGGAACUUUUCACAGGGAAAAACCUCCACGCCGAAGUUCAGAGGUGGCAGACCAGGAAGGGGCAAAAAUAAGAAUAUUGACUGUAAUCCUGGUGGGAGUUCUGAUAUUAGGAUGUAUUAUAAUAACUCAAUGAUGGAGGACCCCUGGAAAAGAUUGUCACCCAAACCGUUCAUAAACGCCCCACCCUCAACCACGUGA